GCUAUGGCUUGGUCAUGUUCCCUACGCAUGCCAGUCUCCUCGACUACUUCUCCCCAAUUUACAAAAUUGCGACUGCUGUGACUUUCACCGCUGGGGGCGUCGGGAUGAUGACACUGCCAGUCCUGGCCGAAGAACUGAGAAGGAUCUACUCAUGGCGUGGUGCGAUGCUUCUCUUGGGUGGAAUCAGUCUUCACUGUAUACCAUGUUGCGCCCUCUUCCGACCAAAGACCUAUCAAUCAACGCCGUCAAAUGCUGAUGAAGUCGUGACUGAUUUACCUAGUAUCCACGAUGGAGACGCUGACGAGAGUGAAGACGAUGCCUCGAGUACUUCUCAUCUCCUCAACUCCCAUGGCACCAUGGACAUGUCUUCGAGCAACGUGAUAGAACAACACUCCUCAUUCACCGAGCUAUUCCAAAGGCACCCUCUUUACCUCACCACCGUUACCUCUGUCGUUAUCACCGGCACAAGCUACUCAACUUGGGUCAUCUUCGUCAUCCCCAACGCCGAGGCAAAAGGUUUCCCAUCCAGUGAUGCCGUCUUCUUCGCUACCAUCGGGGGAGCAGCGAACAUCAUCGGGCGGUUUUUCCUUGGUUUCUUCUCCUCGAGGAAACUCCUGGAAGACCGGAUGACCUUCUGUCUCCUGCACUUCGUCACUGCCGUGGUCUUCUUCCUCAACACGGUUGCCCACUCCUUUCCCGCGCUCGCUUUCCUUUCGUUUGCAAGUGGCUUCUUAUUCGGUGGUCUGAUAGUAACCAAUGCCUGCCUGCCGCAGUCUUCAGUUUCACCUGAUCUGGCUGUUGUAGCACUGUCCCUUAAUUAUCUGAUUGGUAUUGGGGAGGUCGGAGGAGGGGCUAUUGUCGGUAUACUCUACGACAAACUUCAGUCUUAUAAUUUCGCCUUCAUCGUCGCUGGACUCAUCGAUAUUGCAGCCAUCAUAAUAAUUCUCGUCCCAGCUGCUUGUCAAAAGUUAUAUUCAACUUUUUCUAGUGCGAAUCAGUACACAGAUGUAAAUAGUGCAAUUGAUAAAUGAUCAUAAAUGAUCUUCAGCGAUCAUUUUUAGCUGUUUCGAACAAGCCAUAUUCAGCUCAUCUCAUCUGGUUUACAGUCCUUUUCAGGACUUCACUCACUUUCAAGAAAAGAAUACUUCUAAUUUUCUCUGUUCAUUAUAUCUCGUCUUUCCAUUUCAAUCUUUCUGCCUGUAUUUCCUUCCCUUCUUCAUAUUACACAUGGUGAACCGUAAACCUUCUCCACGUUACAAACUCCACCAUGCAAAACUACAAAGAUAAUCUUUAUUUAGUUAAAUGAGAGAGCUGGAUAAACCUUGGUUGUUAAACAACCCUUAAUAAUGAGAAACUAAUGUUCUUUUAAAGAGAUAUCAGUUUUUCAGUUUUUCAUUGAUGUUUAAUGAUAUUACAAGAAGCGAAAAGAAGAGGAAGACAAAAGUUUUGAAUUAAUCUCGAAGGGCAUUAGGGCACAACCCUUAAUGAGAAACUAAUGUUCUUUUAAAGAGAUAUCAGUUUUUUUCAUUGAUGUUUAAUGGUAUUACAAGAAGCGAAAAGAAGAGGGAGACAAAAGUUUUGAAUUAAUCUGGAAGGGCAUGAAGGGAGGAUAGCCAUUGCACUGUAUUGGUCAGAUUAGUUCAUGUUUGAUUUAUGUUGUUAAUAUCAUUGAAAUGUCUGUGUUAUUUUGAACAUGUACUGAUACUUGGAUUGUAUUUUGUUUAUUUUAUUGAACGGAAAUGAAUAAAAUAAGUUAUUAUCAAAGGC